CCUUCAAAUCAAACGAUGGCCAACGGUCAUUUCCAGAAGAGGUGGAGCAAGACAGAUAGAUUUCAGUACGAUAAGGCUCCUUCAUCUCUCACCUCAUCCUCGCCAAUCGCUCAAAACGAAGCGGGGAUAUGGCCUUGAGAUUGUUUGUGGCACCAUCGCCCUUUUCGUUUUCUUGUUCGAAAGCCCACUCGAGAAAGCUCUUUCUCUUAACCUCCAAAUCAAGUUUUGACGGGAGGCGGAGGCGGCCGAGGGAUACGGAUUGGGGUAGAGAUAGGGAUGGGUUGUCGGGGAGAGUGGGUGUGAAGACCUGCGUGAAAUUGGAAGAGAAGAAUGCGCCGGGGACUGAGGAGGCGUGGGGGAAGGUCUCGGCGGUGCUUUUCGACAUGGAUGGUGUGCUGUGUAACAGCGAGGAGCUGUCGAGAUUGGCGGCGGUUGAUGUUUUUGCAGAGAUGGGGGUUCAAGUCACGGUUGAGGAUUUCGUGCCUUUCAUGGGCACAGGUGAAGUAAAAUUUUUAGGAGGUGUUGCAUCUGUAAAGGGUGUAAAAGGAUUUGAUCCUGAGGCUGCAAAAAAGAGGUUUUUUGAGAUAUACCUGGACAAGUAUGCAAAGCCAGGAUCUGGCAUAGGUUUCCCUGGUGCCUAUGAUCUUGUAAUGCAGUGCAAGGAUAAAGGCCUCAAAGUUGCAGUUGCAUCCAGUGCUGACCGCAUCAAGGUUGAUGCCAAUUUAGCAGCUGCUGAUUUGCAGCCAUCAAUGUUCGAAGCUAUUGUGUCUGCUGAUGCAUUUGAAAACUUGAAACCUGCUCCAGACAUAUUUCUAGCGGCGUCAAAAUAUUUGGAUGUGCCCCCACAUGAGUGCAUUGUGAUUGAAGAUGCAUUAGCUGGAGUGCAAGCUUCCAAAUCAGCUGGAAUGAGAUGCAUAGCUGUAACGACAACACUAGCAGAAGAUACUCUAAAGGCAGCUGGUCCAUCACUUAUCCGAAAGGAGAUCGGAGAUAUUAGCCUAGAUGAUAUUCUGAAUGGUGGCUCUGGUUCCAAUAAUCCAGAUUUCCUACCUGCUGGUGCUAUGGUUCAAAGUCUGCCCAAUUCUUACAGUAAAGAAAUCGGGUUUCAAGAUGAAAACCCUGAGAAAAAGGUUAUCUUCUCAGUUGGGGGGGUUCAGGGUUCUCGGAGAGAUGUUUUGAGAUAUGGAAGCUUGACAAUUUCUAUUUCUUGCCUUAUCUUCAUAAUUACUAACUGGAAGGCCAUGCAAUAUACAUCUCCCAAGGCCAUUUGGAAUUCGUUCUUUGGGACUGGUUCCCCUCCUUUUGGACCCAAAGAAGAAGAUUCUGGCAGUGAGAGAGUCAAACAGUUUGUGAACUACAUCUCUGAUUUAGAGAAAAGGGGCACUGCCACAACUGUGCCAGAGUUUCCAUCUAAACUUGACUGGCUUAACACAGCUCCUCUUCAACUGCAGAGGGACUUGAAGGGAAAAGUUGUUCUUCUCGAUUUCUGGACAUACUGCUGUAUAAACUGCAUGCAUGUGCUACCAGACCUUGAGUUUCUUGAGAAAAAGUAUAAAGACAUGCCUUUUGUUGUAGUAGGAGUUCACUCUGCAAAGUUUGACAAUGAAAAGGACUUGGAGGCCAUUCGCAAUGCUGUCUUGCGCUACGGAAUCACACACCCGGUGGUCAAUGAUGGUGAUAUGUAUCUAUGGAGAAACUUGGGUGUGAGUUCAUGGCCUACGUUUGCACUUGUUGGACCAACUGGCAAGCUUAUAGCACAAGUAUCUGGUGAAGGUCGCCGAAAGGAUUUAGAUGAUUUGGUCAAGGCAGCAUUAUUGUACUAUGGCGAACAGAAACUAUUGGACAAUACGCCUAUUCCCCUGAAUUUGGAGAAAGACAAUGAUCCUCGACUAUCAACAUCUCCAUUGAAAUUUCCUGGAAAAUUGGCAGUUGAUGUCCUUAACAACAGGCUGUUCAUUUCUGACAGCAACCACAACCGAAUAGUUAUCACUGACCUUGAUGGAAACUUCAAGCUGCAAAUAGGAAGCACUGGGGAAGAGGGUUUUAGUGAUGGAAAUUUUGAUGACGCCAUGUUCAAUCGACCUCAGGGAAUUGCUUACAAUGCAAAGAAAAACCUUCUGUACGUAGCCGACACUGAAAAUCAUGCUCUAAGGGUUAUUGAUUUUGUUAAUGAGUCAGUGCGGACCCUUGCUGGAAAUGGGACCAAAGGCUCUGACUACCGAGGUGGAGGAUCAGGAUCAACUCAGCUCCUGAAUUCUCCAUGGGAUGUCUGCUUUGAUUCUGUGAAUGAUGUCGUUUACAUUGCCAUGGCCGGACAGCACCAGAUUUGGAAACAUAGUACAUUAGACGGAACAACCAGAGCUUUCAGCGGCAACGGUUACGAGCAGAACUUGAAUGGCGACAGUCCGUUAAACACCUCAUUUGCCCAACCUUCCGGGAUUUCAUUGUCGCCUGAUCUGAAAGAGGCAUACAUUGCUGACAGCGAGAGCAGCUCUAUUCGAGCGCUUGAUCUUAAAUCAGGAGGAUCAAGAUUACUAGCUGGUGGUGAUCCAUUUAUCUCUGACAACUUAUUUAAGUUCGGAGACCAUGACGGUGUAGGCUUUGAAGUACUGCUUCAACAUCCGUUGGGUGUCUUUUGUGGAAGUGACGAAGAAGUUUACAUUGCCGAUUCUUACAAUCACAAGAUCAAGAAGUUGGAUUUAGCUAACAAGAGAGUUAGUACGUUAGCAGGCACCGGAAAGGCUGGAUUCAAGGACGGAUUAGCCUUGCAAGCCCAGCUCUCAGAGCCUUCUGGACUAAUUGAAGCAGGAAAAGGAAGAUUUCUGAUAGCCGAUACGAACAACAGCUUGAUAAGGAUAUUAGACAUGAACAAGAAAGAGCCAACAUUGUCUACUCUAGACAUGAAAGGUGUUGAGCCACCAGCUAGAAAAUCAAAAUAUAUGAAGCGGCUUAGGCGAAGGUCAUCAGCAGAUGCUGAGAUCAUAGCAGUUGACGGCGGCUCAUUUGAUCAGGGCAAACUGUGCCUGAAAAUAUCGUUACCAGAAGGCUACCAUCUAUCCAAGGAAGCAGAGAGCAAAUUCAGCGUCGAAUUUGAGCCAGAAACAGCUGCAUUGGCGGAUCCAACAGAGGGGAAUAUCAAGCUUGAUGGCUCUGCUGUUGUAGAGAUCAAAAGAUUAUCGCCUUCGCCCUCCAAAGGGAGAAUAUAUUGCAAGGUAUACUAUUGCAAGGAAGACGAGGUUUGUCUGUACCAGCCAUUGAUGUUUGAAGUAUCUUUCCAAGAAUAUCAACCAUCGAAUGCUAAUUCUACUGCUGAGAUAUCAUUGAAGCAUCUUGUGAAACCUAAAUCUCCCACAAACGAUCUCCCGACAACGAGAUGAUCAAGGAAGGUAAUCAAUCAUAUAUAGUACUAAUUAAUACCUCCUAUACAAUGACAUGCCUGCCUUCCGGAUGAAGUUAACUUUAUCUUAAAAUGUAGUAAGUGAUCGAACAACAUUUCUUGAAUGUUUGUAAUCAUUCAUUUGUAUGUCCAUCCAUCCAUCCAUCUAUCCAUUUGUUUGUAAUCAUUCAUUGUAUUUCAUUUCUUAAAUAAGUUGUACUUUAUAAAUAAGAGAUACAAAAACUCGUCUAAGAAGUUAGCCGAGGGGUGAAUGUAAUAUUUUGGCAAGAUUGUGUACAAAUUAGAUUCAUUGUAGGGUGUUUUUAUUGAAAA